UUGAUGAUGACAAAGCCGGCAUUUUCUAGCAACAUGGACCCGUCAGGAAGUUCCAUAUUUAUGGCCGUACUCGGUUUUCAAUGGAUUGUAUACAUGUGGGAAUCGUAUCUAUCGUCGAGACAGAGAUUUCUAGCUCGGACAGUGGAGACAGUUCCAGAUACUCUAAAGCAUGUGCUGGACCAAGAGACUUUUACUAAAGCACGCCUUUAUCAGCUGGACAAAAGUAGCUUUGGGUUUUGGCACGGGCUUUAUUCUCAAUUUGAAACAACUCUGAUCUUGGUUUUUGGUGGGUUUCCAUUUGUUUGGUGGUAUGCCGGUGAAGUUACAGGCAGAUUUGGAUACGGACCUGACUAUGAGAUCCUUCAGUCUUUGUCCUUCCUAUUCAUAACCAGCAUAUUUUCCACUGUUACCUCCCUUCCAUGGACGGUGUACUCCACGUUUGUAUUGGAGGAAAAACAUGGAUUUAACAAACAGACGCCUGGUUUCUUUGUGAAAGAUCAGAUAAAGAAGUUCAUUGUGAUGCAGUGCAUUUCCCUACCAGUUGUUUCUGGGCUUAUCUAUAUUAUUCAGAUCGGUGGUGACUAUUUCUUCAUCUAUACAUGGAUAUUUACCUUCGUGGUAUCUUUGCUAUUGAUCACCAUCUACGCCGACUAUAUUGCUCCGCUGUUUGACAAGUUCACCCCCCUACCAGAGGGAGACCUCCGCACCAGGAUUGAAGCCCUGGCUGCCAGCAUUGAUUUCCCUUUGACGAAGCUCUUUGUUGUGGAAGGUUCAAAGCGAUCAGCCCACAGUAAUGCUUACUUCUACGGGUUCUUCAAGAACAAGAGGAUCGUUCUGUUUGACACCCUUAUAGAGGAUUACAAACCUCCAGGCGAGGAGGAGAAAGACAAGAAAAGCGAGGAAGAGGAAGAUAACUCUCACAAGGAUUCUGUAGAUCCUGCUGAAGCUCAAGAGACGAAAACAGAGGAGAAAGACGAAAAACAAAAGCAGCAGGGCUGUACCAACGAUGAGAUUUUAGCUGUUCUUGGACACGAGUUGGGUCAUUGGAAACUGAGUCACAACCUAAAGAAUCUAGUAAUCAGUCAGGUGAACACGUUUUUGUGUUUUAUGAUAUUCGCCUUCCUGAUCAAGAAGACGGUGUUGUAUACAGCCUUUGGGUUUGACACUCGUCCCAUACUUAUUGGGAUGCUCAUCAUAUUCCAGUUUAUCUUCUCUCCAUAUCACGAGGUCUUAUCCUUCUGUAUGACAGUUCUCAGUCGUAAAUUUGAAUUUGAAGCUGAUGCAUUUGCUAAGAGAAUGAAGAAGGCAUCAGAUCUGAAAUCCUCACUGAUAAAACUAAACAAGGACAAUCUGGGCUUCCCUGUUGUGGAUUGGCUGUAUUCAACAUGGAGUUACUCUCAUCCCCCACUGCUGGAGAGACUCAAGGCCUUGGAGAAAACAGACUGACACUGUUCAUUCAUCAACAUGAGUUGACAUUUUGUUCAACGAUGACAUUGUUUGAUUAAUAAGUGAUUGACAUGUUUUUUUUUAACAAUGUCAAAUUUUGAGAUAAAUUCAUAAUUUCAUGUAAUUGGUGGAUGAGAAAUAGCGAUGGCUAUUUAUAAAUGCUCAUUUUUUACAUUAUGAUUCUACAAUUCCAUUAUUCAUAGUGACAAGUGUGUGCAUGCUUUCAAAUUUUUCUCAAAUGUGUUAAAGUCUUAUCUGUCCAUCCUGCAAUUUAAUAAAUUUAAUGACAAAAGAUUUUGAAUGCUUGUAAUUCUGACAUCGUUUAGCAGUUAUCCUGUGUACCAUAUAACUUAAACACUAAAAAGGUUAACAGAUUUUUUAUGCUUUAUUUAAAUUCUUUAUCAUUCAUUUUGCCAUAUUAUUGGAAAUUUUUACGGUAAAUUGCAAGCCACAGUUAAUUUUUAUUUUCAGGGAAAUCUAUAGCUACCUCAAAUCAAUUUGUCUAGCUGGGGUCAUCCGAUUAGUUAAUUCCUGAAUUCAAGGCUACAAGUUAAUUUGUAAAAACCAAAUUUUACCCUUACUACAACUCCCACAAAUUCAAUAUUAUUCCACAAAAACAACAUCUUUGACUACUUAAUGUGGCUAGCAGUGUCUAGAACCAGUAGUACCACUGGAGAUUUGAAUAGUCUGCUAGACUAUUGGGCUACCCUUAUUGUCUAACCCUGGAAUUACUGCUAUGAUCUAAAACAGGCCACUUGUAUCCUGUUAUGUUUAAAACUCAUUAUUUGUCGUCAAAAGAUUAUGGUAUACGUAGUGGAAACAAUUCUGACAGUUUCGUAACCUUUUUGACACCAAAUUUGUUCAAGACAAUUAAUAUUUUGUCUGUCAAAUUUAAUGAAAUUCCCUAUACAUCGUGAACUUGCAUUAGUUUAUCAAAUAGUGUCUAUGUAUUUUUUUCUCUCUUUUUUUCUUUUUUUUUUCUUUUUUUUUCUUUUUUUCUUCUGUUAACCUGAUCAUUAUUCAUCAAGAUACAUGCUUUAAUGAAAGAAAAAUGCUGAUUUGUCAAUAUAAGUACAGUUUUACUGUUUUAGUUUUUUUAUAUACCAGGGCCAGGGAGGAAUGAAUAUUCUUUGACUGCCUUGCCAUUCAUAGCUUCUUUACAUACAUUGGUGUAUGUAAUUUUAAUUUUCUAGGAAACUACCCUAAACAAAAACAUGUGUGUUAUUAUACUGCUCAGAGUUUUAACUGCCACAGCAUUAAAUCAGAUUUAUGAAAUUCGCAUGUGUUUUCUGUUUCAGUUAGUUUUCUUAAUCUACAUUAAUUUUAUGAAAUUACCUACAAUUUACAAUAUAAAUAAAAUUUGUUCUUUUGACAAAGAGGUGUAGCUGUCAGAUGAUAAAAAAUAUACCAAUUCUAUACGAGAGAAUCACACGUUUCAAAUCCUCGGGACACAAAAAUUAAUAUUGUAACUUAAAGGUAAGUGUUGUCUGUGUUCAACAUCAUAGAUCUAGUUAUUUAAUCAAAAUACUGUAUGAUGCAGCAUACAAUGCUUAAAAUAAAGAAAAUUUGA